AUGCUUGCGGACUUUGAUAAUGCCAGUGGAAAGAUUGGUCUUCGAAUAAAUCUCACAGAAACGAUGUUUAUAAGGAACGGAUUGAUUUCGUAUGGCCCAUUCACGCUCAAGGGAACAAAUGUCUCCGAUUGCUUCAAUUAUGUCUAUCUAGGCCGGGAAAUCAACAUGAUGGACGACUUUAAUCCAGAAUUGAGAAGAAGGAAAGGAGCAGCUUGA